AACUCUUCAAGUGCGGCAACGCCGUAGAUGCUCUCAAGUCCGUCCGGAAUCCGAUACACAGCAGCAACGGACUCAGAAGCAGCCAUGCCGCGCCAGGACGUGUACCAUCUCCGGCCCCUAGGCUGGGAAAACGACCCAGACGAGGAGCGGUUCAAGGUGUCGACCCUUGAUUACUUGACAGCUUGCACCUACAACAACUACGCCCUUUUUUUCCGGCUUGAUGACGCGGAGAAGCAGAAGGCUGCGUCCAUCUUGAAGGACGGCCUCGAGAGGACACUCAGUCAGGCACGCCAUUAUGUGGGCACUAUCGAGAGAGAUCCUGAGGGCGGGCACUCGUUUGUCAAGAAAAAGGACAGCACGGUGCGCUUCAUUGUGCAGUGGCUCGACGCACCCGAGGACAGCGACAAGUACCCGUCCAUGGAAGACAUCGAACGGACCAACUACAGCGCCGUGACGCUGGGCGAUCUCGAUACGUGGAGUGUGCCGCCCAUGACAUACGGCGAGAAGGCCGAGGCGCAUCCCGAUAACAGGCCCGUCGUGUCCGCCUUCAAGGCCAACUUUGUCCGCGGCGGUCUCGUCUUCAACAUGCACCAUCACCACUACGCCAACGACGUCAUGGGCUGGUCCGGCUUUACCCACCAGUUGGCAGAGAAUUGCUACGCCGCCGUCCACAAGACCCCUUUCCCCGUCUGGGACCCGGCCUGCCUGGACCUCUCAUGGUUUACCAGAAAGCAGGUGCCCCACGAGAACCAGGUGGACGGCCCUCCACCACCCGAGCGGCAUCCCGACCACCAGGUAGGCCAGUCGCUGCUCUUCCACCUGCCCAAAAGCAAGGCCGCCGAGCUGAAGCGGUUGGCCACGCCGUCAGACGGGUCGUGGAUCUCAAGCUACGACGCAUUCUCAGCAUACAUCUGGCGUACCCUGACCCGACUACGUGCGCCCAUCUUCAACCCAGACCCCUCAUCGCACCUCUUCUGGGCCGAGGCCGUCGACAUGCGACGGCGCAUGCACAGUCCCUCCGUACCCCGACGCAUCCAGCACAACGUCAUGUUCGCGGCCACAUCAAGCAGCGUCGCUACCGGGUUGGCGGGAGUACCGCAGUUGACCGUCGACGAGGUCGCUCACUCCGCGCCACUCUCCAAGCUCGCCGCGUACAUCCGCCGGCUGACCAACAGCGUCACGCAAGAGGAUCUGGACAAGACGCUCGACAUGGUCGCGGCCGUGCGCGACAAGACCAGCCUCAACAUCCGCGUCGACUCGUACCCGCCCAUGUCGGUCCUGCAGACGGACCACCGCGAUGCAAACAUUGUGGCGGCUGAUUUUGGGUUUGCGAGGCCGGAGACGUACCGGCACCUGCUGGAUCGAGUUACGGAGGGUGUUAUUAUUAUAUACCCGCCCCGGAGCAAUGAUCCGGUUUCGGAUGAGGGGCCGGAGUUUGCCAUUUCCUAUGAGAAGCGUCUCGCGCAGGAGCUGAUUGAUGAUGUUGAGUUCAAGUGGUAUUUUGAGUUUAGGGGUGUAGAUGCUGAGGAUGCUGGGAAGAUUGCCCGGAAUUAAUCUGUUCCAAGAUAUCUCAGUAGCCUAGUAGGUAAUGACAGGAAACUGUCUGUGUUUCCCGUUCAUAUUCGUCUGGUGGCUUAGGGGUGAUGUACGGAGAGGAGCAUCCAACAAUGUAAACAAAGCCCCUGACUCAGGGGCUUCGGAUCAAUAUAUCUAGUGUAUGGCAC